GUAACGCACAGACACGGACACAGGCGCCACUCGCCAGGCGGGCUGAGGCGGCGACUGCGGCAGCGUGUGUCUGUCUGUCAGUGCAUGUGUGUUCCCACGUGUGUUGGCAAGGUGACCUGACCUGACCUGGAAGAGUGACUGGGAGAGGAGGCGUGGAGGAAAGGUCAGGUUGAGAGGAGUGAGCCGUGUCCACCAUGGUGCUGGAGGUGUUGAAGCAGUGCUGCCUGGCCAUCAGGUCAGAGAAGGUCACCGAGAGAAAGAAUGGCAGCGAGAGACUGGGCCAUCUUCUGGACAACUCGGCCAUCACCACAGCCCUCGAUGGACGCCCUGCUGAUUCCUUUAACUGGUCGCAGGUGUUCUUCAGCGCACGCAAAUAUUUCAUCUUGGUAUGUGCAUUCAUGGUUAGCACGGCUGCCUCGCUGCCUCUCCUCGUCCUCAAGAAGGGAUGCAGAAAAACCCCUCACAUCCCCGCCCAGCCAGUCAUUGAGCUGGUGUUGAAGGUUCUAAGCAAGCGAGAGCCUUACUUACUGGAGAACUUUGCUAAGGAGUUUCUGCUGAUGAGUGUCAAGUUUGUGUUGCGUUUCCCUCACUUCUAUGCCCAGAUGACCACUGCUAACUGGAAGGACCUGCUAAAAAUCUGCGUUUGGCUUUACGAGAAGAACAUGAAGAACGUGGAUCCCCUGAAGGUGUUUGAGGUGAUGAGCGGUGUUGUGCAGCGUUGCCAAAGUCGCGUGGUGCCUCACAGGGGGCCCAACACCGCCCUGGACAUUCUGCGGAGCCUGCCAGCCUUCCUGCGCAGGGUUCUUCUGUCACAGCGAGUCGCACAGCACUUCAAUAUGUGGCCCACCUUGCUACACCUACUGCUGGCCUUUGUGUCUGCUAUGGCGUGUGAGUGGCGGCGGGUGGUGUGUGCGUUGGGUGAAGACACCUUUGACGUGGUGCUCAAGAUGUGGGACAAGCGACCUUCUCCCCACCACACAAACUGGCUGCAAUACAUGACUCUCCUGGUGGCCAUACACAACCCACAGAAAGACGGUGAGGUUCAGGAGACCAGCCAUUACAGUGCGGACAGAGCCAGGUGGGACCGAUGCCUGCGCCACCUGUACCAGCUGCUGCAUGACCACCUGGCUUCUAGUGGUGGUAAAGACUUGCGGGACCUCACCGAACCACUGCUCAACCUGACUGCUCGUGUCUCCCUGCAGGUAUUCUCUGGGUGUGAAGCGACAGGGUUCGUUGAUGUGACACAGCUCACCGCCACAGCAAGCUCCAGCAAGCGACGCAAGAUUGAGGUUGGCUUGACGCCCCUCACUGAACUGCUGAAGAAGGAAGGAACCGGCACACACACUCUGCCGUGGUACAAAUUGCUGCUAACUCUUCUGACCAACCACUGCAAGUUCUUCACAUCUGCACGCUGCCAGGAGCUACUACAGGCCCUGAAGCAAGUGUUGGCUGGCUGCAGUGACAGAGUGGUCCAGGAUGCUGUCAUGAGGUGCCUGAGUGUCCUGGCAGUACAGCACAGCAAGGCUACAGCAAUGUCGAGGAGAGAGGGAGAGGGAGAGGGAGAGAGAGAGGGAGACAACUUAUGGAUGUCUGUGUGGGACCUGACGCUAAGGAUUGUCAGCGGUAGACGAGGCAAUUCCUUAGGCCUAAAUCUGAUGGGGACUCUAAUUUGGACGGGUCUAUGUACCCCCAAUGCUGCCUCCUUCAAGCUCUUCCAUAAGAACUACCUCUGUGUGAGUGAGGAGGCUCUGUGGGCUUUGCUGGGACUGCUCACCACUGUACCACUCCCCACACACUUCCAGAAUGAGCCAGCUUGGUUGCAGAAAAUAGAAGACAAGGAACCAAGGGAGAGAUUAAUUUUGUUUGCCUUGUCUACCCCAGAGGAAGAGGGCAGUGGUGGUGGUGGUGGUGGCGGUGGUGUGUUUCCAAGCCUGCACAGUCCAACACUGCUGGCCAAGGUGCUGUGGUGUCUGUGUCUCAGGGAUCCCACUGCUGUCAAGAUAAACCACCACCGUCACCACCACCACCACCACCACCUCCACCUCAACCACCACCAGCAGACCUUGAUUGAAAAAGUGGAUGACCUUUGCCAUUUGUCGACCUUCACCUGUGACCUUCCAGCGCCCAGUCAGGUCACCCAGGUCACCCAACAAGACCCCUCUCCCUCUUCCUCCCCCAGCCACACCCCAGGAGGAGGAGGAGGAGGAGGAGGAGGGAAAGAGAAGAAUGUUUUGGCUGAGAAGUUACAAGUUAUGAUUCAAGGAGUGAUUUCAUUUGCCGAGAAGGUGGAGGGAGAGAGUGACAGUGAAGAGCCAGAGUGUCUGCAGGCCCUGGUCCACCUGGCACACCUGAUGGCACUGCUCUAUGUACACACUGGGGACAACAGAUUGGAGAGAAAGUUUAGCCACACACUCCGCCUUGUCGCAGCUGGUCUGGAGAAAGUGAGUGUGUCUGAGGGUGCGUCACGCUGGCAAACCCUUCACCCUGUUUUGACGUCCCUUACUGCUAUGCUGGAGGGGCCGGAGGAAUUAGCAGGGGCGGUAAGCAAGGGUAGACACAAGCAGAUCCUCUCCUCACUGCCCCCUGCCUUGCCUGCUGUCCUGCUGGGCCUGCUGGAAAAAAGAUGCACCAAAACUCCCACAGCCUCAGCCACAGCCAAUACACAGAUGGCAAGGGGGACAUUUAGCCAGGAUUCCUGGGACGACUUUGACAUUGGGUUUGACGACACCCUGGGAGGCUCCUCCAGGACGCUGCAUCAGGACUUGGUGGACUUUGAGGAGACUUCAAACCGCACCGAGGGAGACCAGCGGGAUGAGGACGUGGUGGUUGACGACUUGACAACACUGGGGCUGCGGGACCAGUGUGUGGUGGUGGCGGGGCGGUGGCUGGUGGCCGUCGCUGAUGCUGUGCCCGCUGGUGGUGGUGAUGGAGGUGACACACAGCACACAUUCCUUCACAAGGCUGUGGAUGUGGUGCUGCAGAUGUCACAGUGUUCUGCGCCAGACAUGGGUGAUGUUACUGUGCUGCUGGCGUUGGUACAGUCUCUCUUCGUUGCUGAGUACAAUGAGGACAACAUACUGGACGGCCUGGAGGUGAUCAGCAACAUUGCCAAGGUGCACUGUGGGGUGGCGCAGGUGGCCCGGUGCUCCCUUCUUUACCUGGCAGACCUGGUACGCAGACAUGGGUCCAGCCUCUCCCCAGACAUUCGUACCAGCAUUGUCACCCUCGUCAAGGCCUUUGCCACCAAGCACCAGCAGGGAAACUAUGACAGAAGCGUUACCAAGAAAAUAUUUGACGUUAAUGUGGAACUCACUAAGGUGGACCCCAAACGCACAUGGUCCAACUACGAGAUCCCAGACCACGAUCGGUGUGGAAAAAUUAUCGAUCUUCUAACGAACACCAGCGAACUGAGACUCUAUGCUGCCUUGUCUCUGCACCUCCUUGUUGGCAGUGGUGGUGGUGGUGGUGAUGGUGGUGAUGGCGGUGGUGUGGUGGAUGCAGCACACCAGGACGCAGUGUUCGAGGAGGUGUACCAGAUUGUGUUGGAGUCUUUAAAUGUGUCGGACACAGUGAGUGAAGAGUUGGUGGGUGAUGAGAGGGAGACCCGGUGUGUGAGUUUCCUGGUGAGCCUGGGCUGUGUGGUGGCCGCCUCACCUUACCUGGAGAGCAAAGCCUUGUUCGCUCUCUGUCUCUCCAACACUCACCACAAUAUUGAUGCCUCUCUUCUGCUGCAGCUACUGACUUGUAUCAGCACAGCCAAGCGCACCACACCACAGCACCUCCUGGCCACACACCUCCAGUACCUGACGUCCCAGUGGCUGCAGCAUCGUCACAGCAUCACAGCAUUCCCCUGCAGAGCAUUUGGCUUCGACACAACAGAUGCCUUCCUUGCAGAGCACCGUGUGGCCCUCCUGCCAGUGCUGCUGGAGUGUGAUGCCAAGGAGGGGGUGGAGCAGCUGGCCCAGGGGUGUGACGGGGGGCUGAAGGGGCUGUUUAGGGCUGCGUUUCCCCUCCUCAUGGCGCGAGUCUUCCCUUUUAUCGCUGGGAGAGUGCGGCAAAUGAGGCUCCAGGCCGGCCGACGUCAAUACAAGCAGGUGGAGCGCAUAUUUGGAACAGAAGUUUUUUCCACCCUGCUGACGACACACAUUGGUGACCUGACACUGCACCUGCUCCGCCUCACCCACGACCCCCAGCCCUGGGUGGAGGGGGAGGUCAUUGUGCCCCCUCCACCCCCUUCCUUCACCCCAGAGAUCAUUCAAGCCACCAUGAAGUUUGUUGGGGGUAUUUUCAGAAAGGACGGGCAGCUGCUGGUGGUAGUGUGUGGGCGGCAGGCACUGCACGGUGUGGUGCAGGGCGUGGUGCAGGCUGUGGGCCGCAGUGCCUCGCCCCAAGAGGCACGGCAGGCCAUCACAGCCGCCGCCGCACUGGUGGACGCCGUGCUGCCUGUGCUGGACACGGCCCUGGUUGGGAGAGCCCCUUACCUGCUGCGCAUGCUGCUGCACCUGCUGACAGCCCGCCUGGAGCCUCUGGGCCACCUUGGGCCACACCUGGCCCACCGCUGCUUGGCCCUGCUGCACCGUGUGGUGGCUGCUGCGCUGCGCUGCCUGGCUAGUGACCUGGUGCCAGCUGUGCCCAUACUGUUUGGCCGCCUGCUGCCGCUGCUGACCCAACCCGGGGCAGUGGGUGGGGCAGGGGCAGCUGGUGUGCUGGGGCUGCUGCUGGACUGUGACAUUGCUGCAGUGCAGGCCGCCCUGGCUGCCCUGCCAGCCUUGCCCGACCUGCCACACUGCCCAGCCCUGGCCACCCUGAGGGAGAAACACUGUGCAGUGGUGGCCACCUGCCGGGGCCAGCCUGACCUGUGUGACGAGAUGGACAACUUCUUGGCCACACCGUCCCAGGAUGUGGCCACCCACCACCUGUCCCACCUGGCCAGCCUGCUGCAGGACAGCCGAGGCCAGGUGGCAGAGCUGUUUCUUGGGGCCAGGCCGGGUCGGGAGAGCCGCGGCCACCGCCUGGCCCAGCGCCUGGUGAGCCAGGUGGCCAGCAAGGGUGGGGCGGUUGCCCAGGAGGCGUGCCGGUGCCUGGGGGAGCUGGGGCCGCUGAGCCUGGACACCCCUGUGUUCUUGGUCAGUGAGGGUGGGGCCACCCCAGGCCAGGUGGAGGGUGAGGUGAACCUGGGGUAUGUGGGCCGCCUGCUGCUGGCCAUGCACGGCUACCUGGCCUGUGGGGAAGUGGAGGUGGAGGGGGCCGCUGGCCAGGCCCUGCAGGGUGUGCUGGCCACACAGCAGGGCCAGGAAGCACUGGAGGACCUGCCGGUCACGCCUAGGGAGGAGCUGCGGCCGCUGUGUCCCGAGGGUCGGCCCAGGGCAGGGGCGGGGAACAGUGGGACGGUGGAUGCGGUGGCCUACCAGCAGAUAGUGGGGGCAGGGGGUGUGUGGGAGGUGGGGCCGGGGCCGCGUGGCUAUGAGGCCUGGGUGUGUGGCCUGGCCCGCUGCCUCAUCACAGCCGGCUGUGGCCUGGAGGUGGCCCCGCCACUGCUGCCGCUGUGUGCCCUCAGACCAGAGUUCAGCGCACUGGCCCUGCCGCUGCUGAUGCACUCAGCCCUUGCCACGGACCCCGGUGGCCGCAGGGACGUGCUCUCCCGCCAGAUGUCAGCCUUCUUCGCCCGCCACAGCCAGGACGUUGGGGGCCGGGGCGGCCGGGCAGCAGUGCAGGCCGGCCUGUGUGUGGUGGAGCACCUGAGGAUGCAGCGGCCGCCAGCCUUGGGCCGCCGCGCCACCACGCCCUUUGACACCAACCACUGGCUGGCCCUGAACUACCUGCAGGUGGCCGGUGCAGCGCAGCGCUGUGGUGCACACUUCUCAGCACUGCUGUACCUGCAGCUGCACCACGAACAGAUGCUGCGCGACACAGCCCCAGAGCGUGGCGAGGCGGCCAUCACCCGCCGCCUGCAGGGUGCCCCACUUGCCCGAGCCAUGGGCCAUCCUGAGGCAGCAGAGGCAGGGCAGCUGCUGCUGCAGGUGUGUGGGGCACUGGAGGACGGAGCGGGUGUGCAGGGCUGCAUUGCAGCGGGUGUGGUGCAGGACACAGCUGCCAGACUGGCCCUGUGCCACCACCGUGGGGACUGGCUGGCUGCUCUGGCCCUGUGUGACGCUGCACACCACCGGGCCGGCCUGCACCACACCCUGGCUGCCUUGGGUCUGCACCACUCCCUGCGGGGCCUGCUGGUCUCUGGGGAUGCCCUGCCUGGCCCAGCGGACCCUGGUGAGGGUGGGCAGGCGCGCUGGGAGACGUCCUGGAGGCUGUGCCGCUGGGAGGAGGAGGAUGCAGUGGCGGCGGCAGCGGCGAGCCAGGUUGGGGUGGGUGAGGAGGGCAGGCCACACCGACACAUCUACCAGGCCCUGCGCUGCCUGCACCACCACGAUCUCCCCGCCCUGCACCACCACACCACCGCUGCACGCACCGCCAUCACCACCACACUCAGCCUGGACCGGGCGGAGAGCACCAGCCUGAUGUACCCGCUGCUGACUCACCUACAAAUUUUGAAUGAGCUGGAGGAGAUGGGGCAGUGUGUGGCUGACCUGAGCUGCCCCGUGUCAGGUGUCCGGGGCCUGGCUGGGGUGGAGGCAGCGUGGCGGGGCAGGGAGUUGAUGGGGGUGGUGGGCUACAGACACAAGGAGGAGGUGAUGGCAGCAAGGGUGGCAAUGCUGAAGGCUGUGUCUGGUGUGUGGAGGGACAACGGCAGGCAGGAGGAGGUGGAGAGGAUGCUGCAUAGAACCUUGCUGGCCAAAAGUAAGCUGGCAAGGAGUUCAGGGGACAGUGCCCGGGGUGUGGUGGGGUCCGAGGCAGCCAUCCUGUGGGCCUCCCAGCUGGCCAUGCCCCCCGAGCUGGCCAACCUAACGAGACUGGAGGAGGCUGAGGUGGCCAGGGCUGCCGGGGAUGUGCAGCGUGCCAAACACACACUCACCACUCUGCUGCAGGAUGUCCAGGAGGGGUCUGGGCAGGAGAAGGUACUGAGUCAGGCCCUUACCUUCCUGGGAGAGCUGCUGAUGGAGGCUAGAAGUCUGCCGCCGCACACCAUCAUAGAGGACUACUUCAACCGUGCCACCGCCACACUGCUUCACCACGACACAGACAAGGAGGCGCAGGACAUCUUGGAGAUGAGUCAGCACCGCCUGGCCCAGUACGCGGACCAGCUGUACCAACAAGUGCACAGUCACCUGGAGGGGGACGCCAGCCAGGCCAAGCGUGCCACGGUCCAGCGGUCCAGGGCGGAGCUGCAGCGCCUGGAGAACCUGCUGAAGGGAUGCAGGGAGAACACCGCUGACUGGAAGGAACUCAGCAAGAAGACAGUGUUGCUACGGAGGAACAUUAACAUUGACGUGGAGUUCCUGAGUGAGUUGGAGCGGGAGGAGCAGACAUACCUGGUGACGGCACUGAAGGCUCACCUCUCCUGCCUGGCCAUGACCUCCACCCACCACCUCCUCGCCUACCGGGUUGUGGCGCUCUGGCUCAACAACUCUCACAAGGAGGAGGUCAAUGCUAUGAUGUCGGAGCAUGGAUCUCGGGUGAAGAGUCACCACUUCGUGCCGCUCCUGUACCAGCUGGUGGCCCGCCUGUCCACUCACAAUGCCCACCUGCCCCUCACCUUCCCCUCCGUCCUCUCCCAACUCUUGUUGCGUGUGUGCGGCGACCACCCCCACCACACCCUGCCAGUGAUCUUUGCACUCGCCCAUGCCCACGCUGAUGACCAGUUCCAACAGACAGGCCGCAGGAAGAACCCCCAAGUCACAGAGGAGGACAGGGUGCAGGCGGCCAAACAGCUGGUGGAGAGGCUGAAGAAGACUCCAGCACUGAGAGAACAUGUAGUGGAGUUUGAAAGAAUCUCACUGGCUUACCUCUCACUGGCCAACUGGUGUGGUACUCUGCCUCGACUCCUGGCUGGUGACAAGGUUGACAUCCCCAACAGCCAGCCACUUCGAAAACUUCCACCCAUCCACCACACAGCCUCCCUGACGCAGCCCCUCCCAGUGCAGCCCUGCCAGUACAGCCCCCCACUGCUGAAGGACUGGGAGGGGGCUGGCAUGUGUGUGGGGGGGAUAAACGCCCCAAUACGUCUGACUGUGCGAACGUGUGAUGGGGCCAAGAAUGUGUGGGCGUUUGGCAGGUACCUCAUAGGGGCUGACAAGAAGAGUGGCGCCCACGCCACUUACUUUCCUAAAGACUACACUGCAAAAACCUGCCUGGACAAGAUGAAGAAUGUGAAGAGAAGCAGUGCCGAUGACAAGUUGAGGGUGUUUGUGGAUAUCUUAGAGCACUUCCAUCCAGUGUUCCAGCAUUUCUUCCUGGAGCAGUACCGGUCGCCACACUCCUGGCUGCAGCGCCGCCUGGCCUACACUAAGUCAGUGGCCACCACCUCCAUCAUUGGCUACAUUGUUGGCUUAGGAGACAGACACCCUGAGAACAUUCUGCUGGACAAGACCACAGCUGAACUCAUCCACAUUGAUCUGGGUAUUGCCUUUGAGCUAGGGAAGAUCCUGCCCACCCCAGAGACCGUGCCCUUCAGAAUGACACAGGACAUGGUGGCAGGGCUUGGAGUGCUGGGAAUUGAGGGUCCCCUGAGAGGAUGGUGUGAGGCGACCCUGAGAGUGCUGAGGGACAGUGGGGAGGUGCUGGUGACCCUGGUGGAGGUGCUCAGACAUGACCCCCUGCACCAGUGGACCCUCACACCCCAACAGGCUGCCAAACUGCAGGAGGAGGAAGAGGACCAGGAGAUAGGCUGUGACAACUCAGUAUCCAUGGCGGAGAGAGUGGUGCUGAAGAUGCGACAGAAGUUGGUGGGUAUGGAAGAAGGCUUUCCCUCCUCCGUGCCAGACCAGGUGACACGACUCCUGCAGGAUGCCACCAGCCCAUCCAACCUGUGCAGGCUCUUUGCUGGCUGGCAGGCGUAUGUGUAGAGAGAGAGAGAAGAAUAACUAGUGUGCAUGUCAUAAGGAAUAACCAAGCAAUUCUCUCUCCCACACACACACACACACACAUGUAUAUAUAAAUGACAUGCCAGAGGGAGUGAACAGCUACAUAAAUCUGUUUGCGGACAAUGCGAAACUGUGCAGAGUCAUUAAACAAAAAGAGGA